CCACAGGGACCACAGGGGCCACAGGGACCACAGGGGCCACGGGGACCACAGGGGCCACGGGGACCACAGGGACCACAGGGGCCUCAGGGACCACAGGGACCACAGGGGCCACAGGGACCAUGGGAACCACAGGGACCACAGGGACCAUGGGAACCACAGGGACCACAGGGACCACAGGGGCCUCUGGGACCAUGGGGACCACAGGGACCAUGGGGACCACAGGGACCACAGGGA